GUCCGGCGGACUUGCGGUGUGACACACGUGUGGAGGAAGUGCACUGACAUAUGUAAAGCGGCAGCAGGAGCCUCCUGUCUUUCUCUUCACGCUCAUUUACUUAUUUAUUCUCCGUAAAAAUGUCGUGGCUGUUCGGCCUGAACAGGGGGCAACCCGAACCACCACCCGGCCUCCCGGCUCCACCUCCGCCGCCGCCGCCGGCCGGAGGCUCCAGCGGCGGAGGAGAUAAACCCAAGGACAAAUGGAGCAACUUCGAUCCCACCGGGCUGGAGCGGGCUGCUCUGGCGGCCAAGGAGCUCGACAAGUCCCGACAUGCCAAAGAAGCGCUGGAUUUGGCUCGCAUGCAGGAGCAGACCACCCAGUUGGAGCACCAGACCAAAGUGAAGGAGUAUGAAGCAGCAGUCGAGCAGCUCAAAGGUGACCAAUUAAAGAUCCAGGGUGAAGAGAGGAGGAAAACUCUUAAUGAGGAAACCAAGCAGCAUCAAGCGCGAGCUCAGUACCAGGACAAACUGGCCAGGCAGCGGUAUGAGGACCAACUAAGGCAACAGCAAGCACUAAAUGAGGAGAACCUCCGCAGACAAGAGGAGUCUGUACAAAAACAGGAGGCGAUGAGGAAAGCGACGAUAGAGCACGAGAUGGGCCUGAGGCACAAGAACGAGCUUCUGCGUAUCGAGGCUGAAUCUAAAGCCCGAGCUAAAGUGGAGAGGGAGAACGCCGACAUAAUCCGAGAACAAAUCCGUCUGAAGGCUGCGGAACACCGACAGACGGUCCUGGAGUCCAUCAAGACCGCAGGUGCUGUGUUUGGAGAAGGAUUCAGAGCCUUUAUAUCAGACAAGGACAAAGUCACAGCCACGGUGGCAGGACUGACCCUUUUAGCUGUUGGAGUGUAUUCAGCCAGAAAUGCCACAGGGGUGGCAGGACGUUACAUAGAAGCGAGGCUCGGGAAGCCGUCGCUGGUGCGAGAGACGUCCCGGUUCACUGUGGCCGAGGCAAUCAAGCAUCCGAUCAAGACGACCAAGCGGCUGAAGAGCAAACCUCAGGACGCGCUGGAGGGAGUGGUGCUCAGUCCUCCUCUUGAAGAGCGCGUGCGUGAUAUCGCCAUAGCGACGAGAAACACAAGGCAGAACCACGGCCUGUACAGGAACAUCCUCAUGUACGGCCCACCGGGCACGGGAAAGACGCUGUUUGCUAAGAAGCUAGCAAUGCAUUCUGGGAUGGACUACGCAAUAAUGACCGGUGGCGAUGUAGCGCCCAUGGGUCGCGACGGUGUGACCGCCAUGCAUAAAGUUUUUGACUGGGCCAACACAAGUCGACGCGGGCUGCUGCUUUUCGUUGAUGAAGCCGACGCCUUUCUUCGCAAGAGAUCCACUGAGAAGAUCAGUGAAGACCUCAGAGCCACUUUGAAUGCGUUCUUGUAUCGCACUGGAGAACAGAGCACAAAGUUCAUGCUGGUGUUGGCGAGUAAUCAACCAGAGCAGUUCGACUGGGCCAUAAAUGACCGUAUAGAUGAAAUAGUGAAUUUUGCUCUGCCAGGAUCUGAAGAGAGGGAGCGGCUGGUGCGGUUGUACUUUGACAAAUAUGUGCUGGAGCCCGCCACUGGAGGGAGGCAGAGGAUGAAGCUGGCUCAGUUUGACUACGGGAAAAAGUGCUCUGAAAUUGCGAUGAGGACAGGUGGCAUGUCGGGAAGAGAGAUCUCCAAACUGGGCGUGGCCUGGCAGGCUGCAGCGUACUCUUCCGAAGACGGCGUUCUGACGGAGGCUAUGAUCGAUGCCCGGGUGGAUGACGCUGUCAAGCAGCACCAUCAGAAGAUGGACUGGCUUCGUGCAGAGGUGGAGGCCAAGACCCUGACGCCUCCACCCGCAGAGUCGGCGGCCGCUGGAGGCAAAAUGGGCUUCAAUCUGCCCCUCAGCGAGGCACCGCAGGCUCAGCAGGUGAUCGCGCCAGUCCUUGAGAUGCAUGCAGAGCAAGAAGCUGACAUUAUACCACCUCCGAUAUCAGAUAUCAACCAAUCAGCAGAGGGCAAAAGUGACGUCCUAGCAGGACAGGAAUGUGAAGACACUGUCAAAGCAGAAUCUACUACAGCUGCAGAAAGUUUAGCCCAGUCUACUGCCGUCACUGACGGUGAAGACAAGACUGGAUCUUCUCCUCCAAAGGAUGGAACUCCAGUUUGAUUUGUUUAAUGGUGCUGCCUGGAUUUAAAAAAAGAAAAGUGUCCUGUCCCUUCAAUUAGUCUGUCGGUGUGUGUCCAAAUGCCUGUUGGGACUGUCUUUUAUGACAGAAGGUGAGUUCAUAAGCAGUUAAUUCACUUUUCAACUCACAAAAAUAUUAACGCCUGGGACUCUGUGAUUCUAAUAAAUAAAUCAUGUAUACAUUGUAAAGGUGUACUUAACAUAGAAGACUACAGUAUAUGAAUGUUGUGCACAGUGAAGCAUCUCUUGAAGUGAUUAAAUGGGUCUGUGUUUUUUCUAUAA